UGCUCUUGCAUAGUUUCGACCAACCCACCGAUAACUGAGCAUGCACGGAACGAGUCUUUUAACUUUUGUGGCCAUCAGCUGCCUCGUGGCAUUUGCUUCCGCCUCCGAGUACUUCGCCGAGAGCAACGAGGGACUCGAGGAUCUUAAUAUCCCGGAGAGCAACGUCGACGAACGCAUCUCACGCUCGUCCCAGGCUAUUCCCUCCCAGGCCUAUGGACCUCCAGUCAUCUACAACUCUCAGUCCAGCUACUCACCUCCAGCAGCAGCGCCAAGUUAUUCAGCUCCAGCUUCAUCUAGUUACUCUGCACCUGCAGCUCCAAGCUAUUCAGCACCCAAGGCAACAUCUUACUCUGCUCCAGCAGCUCCAAGUUAUUCAGCACCUGCUGCUCCAAGCUAUUCAGCACCUGCAGCUCCAAGCUAUUCAGCACCUGCCGCUCCAAGCUAUUCAGCACCUGCCGCUGCAAGCUAUUCAGCACCUGCAGCUCCAAGCUAUUCAGCGCCCAAGGCAUCAUCAUACUCGGCUCCAGCUGCUCCAAGUUAUUCAGCACCUGCUGCUCCAAGCUAUUCAGCACCUGCCGCUCCAAGCUAUUCAGCACCUGCAGUUCCAAGCUAUUCAGCGCCUAAGGCAUCAUCUUACUCGGCUCCAGCUGCUCCAAGUUAUUCAGCACCUGCUGCUCCAAGCUAUUCAGCACCUGCAGCUCCAAGCUAUUCAGCUCCAGCUGCUCCAAGCUAUUCAGCACCUGCAGCUCCAAGCUAUUCAGCACCUGCCGCUCCAAGCUAUUCAGCACCUGCCGCUCCAAGCUAUUCAGCACCUGCCGCUCCAAGCUAUUCAGCACCUGCAGCUCCAAGCUAUUCAGCGCCCAAGGCAUCAUCAUACUCGGCUCCAGCUGCUCCAAGUUAUUCAGCACCUGCUGCUCCAAGCUAUUCAGCACCUGCCGCUCCAAGCUAUUCAGCACCUGCAGUUCCAAGCUAUUCAGCGCCUAAGGCAUCAUCUUACUCGGCUCCAGCUGCUCCAAGUUAUUCAGCACCUGCUGCUCCAAGCUAUUCAGCACCUGCAGCUCCAAGCUAUUCAGCUCCAGCUGCUCCAAGCUAUUCAGCACCAGCUGCUCCAAGUUAUUCAGCACCUGCUGCUCCAAGCUAUUCAGCACCUGCCGCUCCAAGCUAUUCAGCACCUGCAGCUCCAAGCUAUUCAGCGCCCAAGGCAUCAUCUUACUCGGCUCCAGCUGCUCCAAGUUAUUCAGCACCUGCUGCUCCAAGCUAUUCAGCACCUGCAGCUCCAAGCUAUUCAGCGCCUAAGGCAUCAUCUUACUCGGCUCCAGCUGCUCCAAGCUAUUCAGCACCUGCAGCUCCAAGCUAUUCAGCACCUGCCGCUCCAAGCUAUUCAGCUCCAGCUGCUCCAAGCUAUUCAGCACCAGCAGCUCCAAGCUAUUCAGCACCAGCAGCUCCAAGCUAUUCAGCACCUGCAGCUCCAAGCUAUUCAGCGCCUAAGGCAUCACCUUACUCGGCUCCAGCUGCUCCAAGUUAUUCAGCACCUGCUGCUCCAAGCUAUUCAGCUCCAGCUGCACCAAGCUAUUCAGCACCAGCAGCUCCAAGCUAUUCAGCACCCAAGGCAACAUCUUACUCGGCUCCGGCUGCUCCAAGUUAUUCAGCACCUAAGGCACCAUCUUAUACUGUGCCUGCUGCUCCAAGCUAUUCAGCACCAGCAGCUCCAAGCUAUUCAGCACCUGCAGCUCCAAGCUAUUCAGCGCCUAAGGCAUCAUCUUACUCGGCUCCAAGCUAUUCAACACCUGCUGCUCCAAGUUAUUCAGCACCUGCUGCUCCAAGCUAUUCAGCUCCAGCUGCUCCAAGCUAUUCAGCACCAGCAGCUCCAAGCUAUUCAGCGCCUAAGGCAUCAUCUUACUCGGCUCCAGCUGCACCAAGCUAUUCAGCGCCUAAGUCUUCUGGAUAUUCAGCCCCGUCCGUUUCAAGCUAUUCAGCACCCAAAUCCUCGGGAUACGCUCGUAUGCUUAAUGCGCUGUUGGGCUCACCACAGGCAUCCAGUUACGGAGGAUCAUCAUCUGGUGGUGGUUACAGUGGAUCUUCAGUUGCGGCGCCACCGUGUCCAACCAGUUAUUUGUUCAGCUGCGAUAGCGUAUUCCAGCCAGCGCCAUGCAGCCAAGGAUCAGCAGCAUAUUGAACAGCAAAUCGAUAACAGACAAAUAAAACUUUUAAAUAAAUGCCGUUGUUUG